AUCCAUAUUAUAAUUAUGAGUUAUCCAACGCUUUAUAAUACAGUAAAAAAUAGUCGUUUCCUUUACGGUUUUUUGAAACCAGUUGCUAAUUGGUAUACUAAUAUUUCAGGGUACAGGCAACUUGGUAUGAGAUAUGAUGAUAUUAUAGCUGAGGAAAGUACAACUGUACAAACAGCAUUGGAACGUAUCCCUCAAAAUGAAUAUGACCAAAGAAUUUUACGCAUUCGUAAUGCAUACCAGCUCAGCACACGAAACGAAAUUCUUCCUAGGGAUAAGUGGACUAAACCUGAAGAGGAUAUAAGAUAUCUCUUCCCAUAUGUUGAACGAGUAGCUUUUGAAGAAGCUGAACGGGAAGCUUUUGAAGCAGCUAAAAUUAUACGCAAAUAAAAAAAAGAAACUUCUCCGGAUCAUUAUAAAUUAUUACAUACAUUAUAAGGAUCGCAAAAAAAAAUCUUGAGUCUUUUUAAUAUAUAAUAAAACAUUAGUACCUUUUAUCAUUUGUAAGAAAAAUAAUCCACUUUUUUUUUGAUUCGUUCAUUUAAAAUUUAUUAUAUUAUUAUUAAAUUUAUUGAAUUAUAAGUAGGAAGAACUUUUUGUGAUUAAUAUAUAUUAUCUCUGAAUUCCACUCAUUCUAAUAAUUUUAAAUUUCUAAAAUUUCUGCUAAAUAGAUUCCUGGCAAUU